AUGUCGUCGAUUCAAACUACAAUUGCGCCGUUCGACCAGAGCGUCGUCUGCGAAAAGCAGCUGCUCUCGGAAGCACAGCUGGACAAGGCCAUCGACGCCGCUGCCUCGGCUCAAAAGUCGUGGGCGAAAACUCCCGUCGAAGAGCGCGUUUCCAUUGUCACCAAAUGGAUGGGCAUCCUUGACAGCGAAAAGGAGCAGCUCGGAAAGGAACUUUCUGUCCAAAUGGGCCGACCCGUGUCGCAGUGUGCGGGCGAGAUCAAGGGUGCGCUGCAGCGGUGCCGUUACCUGUGCAAGGUGGCUAAGGACUGCCUCGCCGACUCGCCUCGCACUGACACCGAGACCCCCAACCUCAAGCUGGCAAUUCGAAGGGAUCCAUUCGGCGUCGUUGCCAUCGUCACUCCAUGGAACUACCCAUACCUCACCACCGUCAAUGGCCUCAUCACUGCCUUGCUCGCCGGUAAUGCCGUAGUCCUCAAGCCAUCGCCACAGACGCCGCUCACCGCCGAGAGCUUCCAACGCACCCUCGAACAAGCGGGUCUGCCCAAGGAUCUGCUGCAGAUUGCGCACCUUGACUUCGAGACCACCGCCAAGUUGGCCGCAGACGCACGCAUCAAGUUCCUCAUCUUCACCGGCUCAGUGGCUGGCGGUAAAGCGCUCGCCAAAGCUGCAGCCGACGGUCCUGGGUUCAAGGGAGUUGGACUCGAACUGGGUGGAAAGGAUCCAGCCUACGUCCGUCACGAUGCCGACAUCAAGUGGGCUGCCGAAGAGCUUGUGGACGGCGCCAUGUUCAACUCGGGCCAGUCGUGCUGCUCAGUCGAGCGCAUCUAUGUGCAUGCUUCGGUCUUUGACGAUUUUGUCAAGGAAUUCGUCGAAGUUGCCAAAGGAUACAAGCUGGGCGAUCCCAGCCAGCCGGGUACUUCGCUCGGACCCGUGGUCAGCCUGGCAUCGGCCGAACGCAUCCGCAAGCAGAUCGACGAUGCUCUCAGCAAGGGGGCUAAAAACGUGAUUCCAAGCGAUCUGUUCCCUGAAGCCAAAGCAGGCACUGCACUGGUCGCACCCACCGUGCUGGUCAACGUGAAUCACUCGAUGGACAUUAUGACCGAAGAGACGUUUGGACCCGCCAUCGGUAUUCAGAAGGUCGAAUCGGACGAGGAAGCACUCAAGCUCAUGAACGACUCGCACUACGGCCUGACCGCUUCGGUCUGGACCGAGAUCGAGAAUGCCGACUCGGCGGCUGCAUUCGACAAACUGGCUACCGAGCUCGAGACGGGCACCGUGUACCUCAACCGUGCCGAUGUGCUCGACCCUGCUUUGCCCUGGACUGGCGUCAAGGACAGUGGACGCGGUGUCAGUCUGAGCACGCUUGGAUUCGACCAGCUCACGCAGCCCAAGUCGAUUCACAUGCGAUUGCGCAAGGCCUGA